UGACCAUGAUGUUAAAACAUCACAUGCAUGUUUAGAAAAACCCACAUAGGAUAAUAUAUAAAAUAUAUUAUAAUCUAACUGUUAAUUUAAUUACUAAAACAAAAAACUGUGAACAAAAGAUGAAAGAUUUCGUUUUGGUGUCUGGUCGAAUCAUCUGUGUGUUUCAGAGCCUUUUAAAUUAACCCAUCAAUCAAGCACAAUCCCCGCCCCCCCCUCUCCGCGCAUGCGCAGAGUCCCCUCUGGGAGCUGUCCGUGUCAGUCGGUGCUGGAGUGUUUUCACUGAAGCUGCUUCUCCUCCGCCGGUUCCACAGAAACAGACGGGAGCGAUGGAGGAAGAGUUAAAAUGCCCCGUGUGCGGUUCUCUCUUCAAGGAGCCCAUCCUGCUGCCGUGCUCACACAAUGUCUGCCUGGCCUGCGCCCGGAACAUCACCGUCCAGACCCCGGACGGAGAGACCCCGGUGCAGAGCCGAGCCUCGGGCAGCUCCGACUAUGACUACCUGGACAUGGACAAGAUGAGUCUGUACAGCGAGACGGACAGCGGAUACGGCUCCUACACGCCGUGCCAGCUCAAGUCCCCGAACGGUGUGCGUGUGUUUCCCCCGGCCAUCGCCCUCCGACACUGCUCCCUCACCUGUCCGCUGUGUCACCGGAGCGUCUCUCUGGAUGAGCGCGGGCUCCGGGGUUUCCCUCGGAACCGGCUCCUUGAGGCCAUCGUCGCGCGGUACCAGCAAAACCGCGCCGCCUCCGCCUCCGCCGCGUCGUCGUCUUCUUCGGCGGUGAAGUGCCAGCUGUGCGACCGCAACCCGGUGGACGCGACGGUGAUGUGCGAGCAGUGCGACGUCUACUACUGCAACGCCUGUCAGCAGCGGUGUCACCCGUCCCGCGGUCCGCUCGCCAAACACCGCCUGGUGCCGCCGAGGAAGCAAGCGGCAGGAGGCGGCGCGGCAGGCGGAGGAGGGAGCGGCGUGAGCGGCGGCGGUGUGGGAGGCAGCGACGGUCAGCAGCCGCCUGCUACCGCGCGGAAACCGGCGACUUGCAUUGACCAUGAGGCGGAAAACUUCAGCAUGUACUGCUACAGCUGCAAGAUCCCGGUGUGUAUGAAGUGUCUGCAGGAGGGGAAACACGCCAAACACGACGUGAAAACGCUGGCCAUGAUGUGGAAACAACACAAGUGCCAGCUGUCCCAGGCCCUGAACGGCGUCUCAGACAAAGCUAAAGACGCAAAGGAGUUCCUGGUUCAACUCAAGAACAUGUUACAGCAGAUACAGGAGAGCGGUGUGGAGUUCGAAGCUUGCCUCGUGGCCCAGUGUGACUCUCUGAUCGAGGCCCUCACGAGACAGAAAGCCAAAUUGCUCACCAAAGUCACCAAGGAGAAAGAGUACAAACAGAAGGUGGUACGUGACCAGAUCACCCACUGCACCAUGAAGCUUCGUCAGACCACCGGGAUGAUGGAGUACUGUCUGGAAGUCCUCAAAGAGAACGAUCCCAGUGGAUUUCUGCAGAUAUCAGAUGCUCUGAUAAAGCGGGUGAUAUCGUCUCAGGACCAGUGGGUGAAGGGGGCCCUGGAGCCAAAAGUGGGCCCCGAGUUUGACCUCACCCUAAACACCGACUCGCUGCUACAGACCAUCCUGCAGCUGGACUUCUGCCAGGGAAAAGCAGUGGAGGCCGGACCCGGGGUGCCGGCAGCGCCUCUCCUGCAGCUGGAGAAGUGCUGCACAAGGGACAACAGCGCCACCCUGGCCUGGAGGGUGAAUGCGCCCCCUAGCAGCGCCAUUGAAGGCUACAUUCUGGAGCUGGAUGAUGGAAACGGGGGACAGUACAGGGAGGUUUACGUGGGGAAGGAGACAGUGUGCACGGUGGAUGGACUCCAUUUUAACAGCUCCUACAAUGCGAGAGUGAAAGCUUACAAUGCCAUCGGCGUUGGGCCGUACAGCAAGACCGUGGUGCUCAAGACCUCUGAUGUGGCCUGGUUUACAUUUGAUCCCAGCACAGCUCACAGGGACAUCGCUCUGACGAAUGAUAACCAGACAGUCUCCUGUAACAGCUACGACGACCGCGUUGUGUUGGGAACUGCUGCUUUCUCCAAGGGCAUCCACUACUGGGAGGUCUGCAUCGACCGCUACGACAACCACCCGGACCCUGCGUUUGGCGUGGCACGCAUCAACACCAUGAAAGACAUGAUGCUGGGGAAAGAUGACAAGGCGUGGGCCAUGUACGUGGACAACAACCGCUCCUGGUUUAUGCACAACAACUCGCACACUAACAGGGCGGAGGGAGGCAUCACUAAGGGCUCAUCUGUUGGCGUCCUGCUGGAUCUGACCAAACACACUCUGACCUUCUUCAUCAACAAGCAGCAGCAUGGACCCACUGCCUUUGAGAGCCUGGAAGGGGUCUUUGUACCUGCUGUGAGCCUCAACAGAAACGUACAGGUCACCUUACUGACGGGCCUGGAGCUGCCAAAGAAUAUCAAACAGUAGAAGAGCCGUCCUCUCUCUGUGCGUGUCCUGGAUUCAAACCAACGGCGACAAACACAGUUGGCUCCCCACAUGGAUCUUCUUUUUUUUUCUCCGCGUCACGUCAGACCUCUCCCAUCUUCUCAAGGUGCCCUUUGUCUUGGAUAAACUUCAGUGUGAAGCCCUGGAGUUAGAGGAAUACAUUUGAGUUAAUAUUUGCUAUAAAUCCCACGAUUGAAGCUUUUGGAAAUCACAACAGAGAUGCCUGGAGUUACUGUAGAUUGCCACACUUUUUCCACAAUCCAAGUUUUAGCCCUGUGAGACCCCCGGAUACAAACAACAACAAUUUAAUGAUUCCAGCUUUUAUCUUUUAGUAAUUUAUUAUUUUUUUAAAGAAAAUACAGCUUUAAAUUUCCCCUGAAAGUCUGAAACUCUUAUUUGGAAGAUUCCAACUCUGUGCAGUGAAUAAUACGAGUGCUAGUUAGUGAUUUUAAAUCGACAAGUUCUUAUUUAUACUAGAAGAAAACAACAACACAGUCAUUUUAAAAAGUCAGCAACAACAAGAAGCUACAUUUAGGAGUCGACACAAUGAGCGAGCAACAGUUCAAUGUUAGUCUGUUCCUCUCUCUCUCUCUCUCUCUACAGCUCACAACUUAAAAACCUGAAGUGAUUUGUAGGAGUCUUAGCGACACCGCGGGAUGUUUCACAAAUCUAAACUUU